CCGGGGGGGGCGCUGGGGCUGGCGGGGAAGAUGGCGGCGGAGAGGGAGCCCCCGCCGCUGGGGGAGGCGCGGCCCGCCGACUUCGAGGAGCUGGAGGACGGCGAGGACCUCUUCACCAGCACCGUGUCCACCCUGGAGUCAAGUCCUUCAUCUCCAGAGCCAGCAAGUCUUCCUGCAGAAGACCUCAGCACAAAUUCCAAUGGUCCAAAGCCGGCAGAAAUAAUGCUAGAUGAUGACAGAGAAGACCUCUUUGCUGAAGCAACAGAAGAAGUUUCGUUGGACAGUCCAGAAAGGGAUCCAAUACUUUCACCAGAACCUACUCCAGCAAUCACUCCUGUAACACCGACUACAUUAGUAGCUCCCAGAAUGGAAUCGAAAAGCGUAACAGCCCCUGUGAUUUUUGAUAGAUCCAGAGAAGAGAUGGAAGAGGAAGCAAAUGGAGAUUUGUUUGAUAUAGAAAUCAAUGUAUCAGACCCAGAGAAAGUUGGAGAUGGCAUGAAUGCUUAUAUGGCAUACAGAGUAACAACAAAGACAUCACUUUCCAUGUUCCACAAAAAUGAAUUCUCAGUUAAAAGAAGAUUCAGUGAUUUUCUUGGCUUGCACAGCAAAUUAGCAACAAAGUACAUGCACAUUGGUUACAUUGUGCCUCCAGCUCCAGAAAAAAGUAUUGUAGGCAUGACCAAGGUUAAAGUAGGCAAGGAAGAUUCUUCAUCUACUGAAUUUGUAGAGAAAAGAAGAGCAGCUCUAGAAAGGUAUCUACAACGAACAGUAAAACACCCAACCUUGUUACAGGACCCAGAUCUAAGACAGUUCUUGGAAAGUUCUGAGCUGCCGAGAGCGGUUAACACCCAGGCUCUGAGUGGAGCAGGAAUAUUGAGGAUGGUGAACAAGGCUGCCGACGCUGUCAACAAAAUGACAAUCAAGAUGAAUGAAUCGGAUGCAUGGUUUGAAGAAAAACAGCAGCAAUUUGAGAAUCUGGAUCAGCAACUUAGGAAACUUCAUGCCAGUGUUGAAGCGUUAGUCUGCCACAGAAAAGAGCUUUCAGCCAACACAGCUGCCUUUGCUAAAAGUGCUGCCAUGUUAGGUAACUCUGAGGACCACACUGCUCUAUCUAGGGCUUUGUCUCAGCUUGCAGAGGUUGAGGAGAAGAUAGAUCAAUUGCAUCAAGAACAAGCUUUUGCUGAUUUCUAUGUGUUCUCAGAACUGCUUGGUGAUUACAUUCGUCUCAUUGCUGCAGUAAAAGGUGUGUUUGAUCAUCGAAUGAAAUGCUGGCAGAAGUGGCAAGAUGCUCAGGUCACUUUACAAAAAAAACGUGAAGCUGAAGCAAAGCUCCAACUUGCCAACAAACCUGAUAAACUGCAGCAAGCUAAAGAUGAGAUAAAAGAGUGGGAGACAAAAGUUCAGCAAGGGGAAAAAGAUUUUGAACAGAUCUCCAAAACCAUUCGCAAGGAAGUGGGAAGAUUUGAGAAGGAACGAGUGAAAGACUUUAAAACUGUUAUUAUCAAGUACUUAGAGUCGUUAGUGCAAACACAACAGCAGCUAAUAAAAUACUGGGAGGCAUUCCUACCUGAAGCCAAAGCCAUCGCCUAAAAGAAGAAUAUUCCAAAUGACAAGACACUCUGGAUGUUUGUCCUGGAUAAAACUAAAUUCCACAGUGAAAUCACUUUAAAUCAUCCAAAUAAACCACUAUAUAUUUUAUGAAUUAACAUGUGGCUUUUUUUAUAUACUACAGCAUUUUAUUAACCAGCUGCAUGUCCUGACCCUCUUUGAAGUGGACUGUGGCAUGAUGUUCUGCAAUACAUUGCUGAAUUGAACACUAUUGUGUCUUAAUACUUGCACUAAAAUGUGCACUGCAAGGCCAGAAAGCUGAUAUUUUUGUUCUUUACAAUGAUCUGUAGUAUGUUUACCUGAUCUUUAUGAAACAAAUUUAUUUGCAUUGAUUAAUGUUCACUUAAACAUUCCUGUACAAAAUCAUGUUUUUGUGAUUCCAAUAAUAAAGGGAUGUACCUUGUGAAACAUUAAAUGCUCUGGUUUUGUAUCUGUAGAUAUUUACUGCUGUUCUUAGAAGUAUCCUUUAAAACAAAUUGAGAUUAUAUCAAAGGCAGAAACAACACUUAGUAAAGAAUGCUGGAGGUGGUAUUAAAGGUACACAAAGAAGUAUUUCUGGUAAACUAUUCUGUUUUUUAAUUCUGAAUCUAUUCUUUACAGGUAUUCUUUUCACCUGAAGUUAUCACUGCCUUGGUACACUGUAAUGCGUUAAUACUCACAGGGUCAAAUGACUGAUGCUUGGGCAACAGACAGGCAUAAACUGAAAUCUCUUCCAAGUGCUUUACAAAGCUUCUGAAGGGUUAAGGUCACCUGCAUGGUCAAAUACUGAUGUCCUACUUGACUGCUAAAUUUCAUCAAUUGUCUUUAGUGGUCUCAGGAUACAAAAAGAAAAAAUCUUGCAAUACUUCUGGUAGUCAGGGAAGAAGAAAAGUAGAUAAUUCAGCUGAGUGCAAGAUAGUUGUAAGGGCUAGCAUUCUACUUGGAUUUUCUUGGGUAGAAAAUACAUUUGCAGGGACUGAUUAUAUCUUCUGUAAGAAAUCAGAGCA